AUGGCCAGUUCUCAGUCCACAAACUUCUUUGGAGAUGAGACGGACGGGUUUGAAGACGAACUCAGGGAGAUAAAGCUGGGGAGCCGCAGUAACUCUGCUAUUCUACCGCUCAAACGGAAGCAUGACGACAUAGAAGAGGAGGAAGAGCAUGAGAAAGACGUAGAUACUCAUGCCAUGUCCACAAUGAGGCAGAAAGAUGACCCGGAAAACGUGUACGGGGCGUCUAGCUUUGGGGGAUGGGGCCAAUAUAUGCAGCGGAAGAGAGCCAAACUUCAGAUUCAGAACCAAGAUAUGACAUCCGUUAUAUCUGGAAUUUUCAAGGGUAUCGAAAUAUACAUUAAUGGCCAUACAGAACCCUCAGUUCAGACGCUACGCGAGCUUAUUGUAGCUCACGGUGGUAUAUUUCACGCAUAUCUCACCAAAAAAGGCCUUGUCACUCACAUCGUCGCCAUGAAUUUGACGCCAGCCAAAGUCAAAGAGUUUCAGAGAAUGAAGGUCGUACGCCCUGAGUGGAUCCUUGACAGCAUCAAGGCAGGGAAGUUACUACCCUGGAUCCAAUACAAGCUUGUGAUGGAAAAUCGAAUCGACGCCGCUCAAGGGACCAGUGUGACUCAGACGACGCUCUCCACCUAUACACAACACUCGACGCCUACCCUCCUAAAACGAGUUGAUCAAAAUCCGACCGUUAUCAAAGACCCUUUAUAUACUACAGAUCCAACAACGUUUGAGCAAGCAGCGAGGAUACCGUCUUAUGCUGUCAAUAAGUCGAACCAAGCUGCGCAACGGCUCAUGGCCAGACCUGGCUGGCAAGAGGAGCAUACCGCCGUCUCUGGGAGCAAAUUUAUUGACGGAUACUAUCAAAAUUCGCGGUUACAUCAUCUUUCCAUGUGGAAGGCUGAACUUAAGGACCUAGUGGCAAAAGCUCGCGAACGGUUUGAACAAGGCGAUGAUCAACCGCUGCUAGGUGAUAAUGAAUCCACAACUCCUAUGGGUCAUGGAGUCAGCAUGAUGGGUGCGGAGCUCAUCAAGUCCUGGGAAGCUGCCUCUCCAACGAAAAAGGGGAAGGAGACGGCGACUCCCUCAAUUGUCGAGCGCAUUUAUAUGCACUGUGAUUUCGAUUGCUUCUUCGUCUCGGCAGGGCUGAUUGAUCGCCCAGAGCUGAGAGGAAAGCCAGUCGUUGUUUGCCACUCACAGGGAGUUGGUGAAGGAGCAGCUAGCACGAGCGAGAUUGCUAGCUCAAGCUAUGAAGCUAGAUCUAGUGGUAUCCGAAACGGGAUGAGCUUGGGCCAAGCUCGCCAAUUAUGUCCAGAAGUCAUCACCCUCCCUUACGAGUUUGAAAAAUACAAGGAACUCUCCCUCAAGUUUUACACCGUGCUUCUCUCCUACUCUGAAGAGAUUCAACCCGUCUCAGUAGAUGAAGCUCUUUUAGAUGUCAGUCGAGUGGUUGCCAACCUGAAGUAUCAAGCCCUCGCGGACGAUCCAUCAGCCAAGGAGAUGGAUUAUGCCGUAAAGCUGGCAGAGAUGAUCCGAACCCGGAUGUUAGAGGUCACCAAAUGUCAAGUCAGCAUCGGUAUCGGGGAGAACUUGCUUCUCGCCAGGAUCGCAUCUCGUAAAGCCAAGCCAGCGAGUACAUAUCACCUACUGGCUAUUGAUGCACCCGCUUUCCUUGCACCCCUUCCUCUGGAUAUGAUCUGGGGAGUCGGCUACGCAAAUAAGCGAAAAGCGGAGGAGAAGCUUGGAGUGUUCACUAUUGGUGACUUGCAAUCUCAGUCCAAGUCGUUGUUGAUCAAGACGUUUGGGCCCUCAAUGGGCGAGAAGUUGUUCAAAGCCGCCAAAGGACAGGACGACACAAAGCUCCAGCCCGAUCAGAAGCGAAAGUCUGUUUCCGCGGAGAUUAAUUUUGGUAUCCGCUUUCGAACAAAUGAACACGCGGAGGAGUUUAUGCGCAAGCUCGGUGCAGAAGUGUCGAGUCGCCUCAAAGCUAUAUCUACCAAGGGCCGGCAUCUGACGCUCAAGAUCAUGAAGCGACACCCCGAGGCCCCCAUUGAAGCCCCAAAGUUUAUGGGUCAUGGCAUAUGCGAGACCUUUUCCAAAAGCACCUCUAUUUCUGAUCUAUCCGGGGGUGCGACAGAUGAUGCAGAUGUCAUCGGACAGGCUGCUUGGAGAUUACUAGAGUCAUUCCACUUUGACCCAACUGAACUCCGUGGACUGGGUCUCCAAGUGACGAAGUUGGAAGGAAAGGAUGGAGUACCGAUCGAUGACGAUAAACGUGACCCUGGUCAGCAACGACUAGAAUUUCGCCGGUCGCCAACUCGUCCACGACUCGCGUCCAAUGCCGCGGGGGAACUCGAGCGGGAUGCUCCAAUGCUGGACUAUCAAGAUCUCAACUCUAUCGACGAAGGUGUUUUGGAAUCCCUUCCUGACGACAUUCGUCAAGAGAUUAUUCAACAAAUGACCAAGUCUGGCGCUCAAACGACGGUCACAGAGCCAGUACCGACAGAGGAUAUGGUAUCAGAGAUUCAGGAAAUCGCCGUAGAUAUAAUACCGAAAUCUCCUGUCCCCAAGGCACCAUUGACGGAUGCAUCCCACAUUACUCGCCAACUUCGACCAAAGCACAAGACGGUAGUAUCGCCCGAGAAACAACAACUCUUUGCGAGGCAAAAGGACGCCUUUCAGCCCACAGAUGAGGAACUUGCGAAGCUAGGUCUUGAUCCUGAUGUGUUCUUUGCUCUGCCACCAGAGCUGCAGAAAGAACAGAUAAUAUAUGAGCGAAACCAGAGGAGGCAGCAGAUUUCAGAGGCUCCAAAGUUCCAUGGUGGAGCUGGGAAGACCCCAUUAUCAAUCGCUGCCGGUGCGUUGACUCGUUCGCCGUCCGGUCGCCCGAUCUCCAAAAGAGGCGACUUCAAUAUCAAAGUAUCAUAUCCGGAGAAGGUUUCACUUGCGGUCAAGACCGGAAACGGCAUUUCCACAUUGACGGAGGUGGGCGAUAUACAGGCAUACGUGAAGCGAUGGGUAGUCAGCCAUCAGAAGAAGAAUCUCAAGCCAGUCACCAUCGACGUCGAAGGACUAAAGUCAUGGCUUGUCAGAUGCAUGGAGAUGAGGGACACUGACAGCGGGAUGGAAAAGGCGGUCGUUAUCCUCAAAUGGUGGCGAGAACUGCUGAGACGAUCAUGGGCGUCUGAAGAAAGUUACGCCAUUCCCCUACCGGGUGCCCAGUGCACUCCACAGAAGGCUGAAGAAAGCGUAGCAGAGGCAUGGUGGCGAGCAUUUGCAGAGUCGAGACGAGCAGUGGAUGCAAUUUUCGAUAAAAGGUUUGGUGGUAAAUUAUCUCUAAAAUAA